AUGUCAUGUCCCCACCCCGCUGACACCAGCCCUGCACUGGCCCUGGCAGGCUGCUGUCCCCUGUCACCCGCAGGUGCCCAGACCACCCAGCUCCUCGUGGAGCCCCCCUGGACACCUCCAGUGCUGUGGGACCGGGUGACACUGACCUGCCAGGGCUCGGGGAGCACCCGUGACACCACCUGGUACAAGAACAGGCGGCGCUGGUGGGAACAGGGACAUGACCGCCUCAUUGUCACCCAUAGUGGCACCUACGCAUGUGACAGACCUGGCAGUGGGCUCAGCCCCACCAUGAACGUCUCAGAUGACUGGCUGGUGCUGCAGGUGCCAGGGCAGGCGCUGCUGGAGGGGGACACGGUGACACUGUGCUGCCAGAGCUGGCGAGACAUCCCGAUCACCUUGGUGUCCUUCUACCACGAGGAGGAGGAACUGGGGGUGUUCCCCAAUGGCACCCAGCUGUCCCUGUCCCCUCUGCAGCUGAACCACAGCGGCCACUACUGCUGCAAGGGCCAGGUGGGAUCCUGGGGGUGGCAGGAGUCAGCGCUGGUGACAGUGACACUGCAUGUGCCUGUGGCCAAUGCCACUAUCACCCCUCAAGUCCUGGAGUUGACACCGCAGGACACAGAGACACACAGGGACACAGUUUCCAGGAAGAAUCAGGAAAGGGCCCCCCCAGAUCCCCCGCACCCCCCAGAGGAGGGGGAGGUGCUGUACACCCACGUCGUGGUCACCAGGAGGGCAGCAGUGUCCCCCCGUGCCACCACACUCCAGGAUCCCCAGGUGACCCACGCGGAACUGCGGGGACCCCAGGGGCCACCACGGGAACCCGGUGACAUCUACGGGAAUGUGCUGUGACACGCGGGGGAACUGGGGGGCACUGGGGGUCCCCACCCAUGGGCACCCACUCGUGUGUGUGCUGCCACCAAAACUGCCCCUUCCCUCCACGUGGAGGCAGAAAGACCGCAAAGGGCUGAGAAAAGAACAAUUUCCUGCAACAGCAACGAGAGAGAAUAAAACCAACAGCAACUGCAACAAA